GUCUAUGUCAAUAAAAUCUAUGUUAAUAAAAUUCAAUUUUAUUUGUAUAAUGCUUUUAACAAUGGACAUUGUCACAAAGCAGCUUUACAGAAAUCUGGAUAUAAUUAUUUUUUUUUUAUCCCUAAUGAGCAAGUCAGUGGUGACGGUGGCAAGGUGUGUUAAAAGGAACUUGAGUAUGAGCAUCAUUAGAGUUUUAAGUUUCUUGUAUCAAACUGAAGUUAUCAACUCUACAGUGAUGGAGACAGCACACUUUCUUUGAGCAGACAAUCUCACAGUUAUAUGAUUAACAGCUGAUACUGCUAAGCAAGCCCAUGGAUUUUUGCAACAACUUCAGGAUGUUAGGCAACAAACUGCAUAUCGCCCCAUUGUGUUCUACAUUUCUGUCUUCUUUAUCUUAGCCUGCAUACCCACCAUCAAAGCUUACCCACCCUCGCUUUGUAGGCUGUUCACAGCAGGGUGAGGUCUACAGAAUAUUCCUACAAAAAAUAAUGCUUGCUACAAUACCAAAUACACAAUCAUCUUUAAGAAGUGAUUGCUGCGUUUUGAUAUUGUCUGUUCAUUAUUAGGUCACCACGUGAGUCACCAAUUCAGAGAGAACUUGUAAGUGUUUCAUUUCAUCUUAUCUUCUAGAAGCCUUGUGGAUGAUUUGCAUAGUGGGCUUUGCCCACAUGAAUUCAACAAACAGAUGUUUCCUGAUGAAAUGAGAAGUUUAAGCAGAGAAGAAGAGAACGUGGUACAUAACUUGGGGCAAUGGUUUCACAUGCUCUGGCUUAGCUGCUAUUCUCAUGACCUUAGUCAGGCAAAUGUCUAGACGAUCUAUGUUUUCAUAAUUUUCUGCAUUAUGUUAAACUCUCGCAAAUUAAUAUAUACCACCAAUAUUUCAGCCUUUCCUCAUUGCAGCAGCCCACCAAAAACAUCUAAGUUAAGGCACAGUGUACUCAAUGAUGCAUUCAAGAAACAACAGUUUAAGGUCAUUAAGCCGUAGUUCCUGAGUGUGCUUCUUAAGAAACUAUAUAGUAUUAUUUGGUGUAUGCUUUAAAAAUGUGUUAUUACAUCCAGGAUUCACAUGAGCGAUCACUGAUGUUCAGUGGUUGACGGUGAGUAGUGGGAAACACCCUUUUUGACAGAUAAGUGCUCUCCUUUAUGCUUCAGUACCUGAGGGCACCACAAAAGUGCUUCUCUUCAUCAGUAGCAUUUGCCUCCGUAAAGAAAUCAACCUCUUCAAUGGGUCUGCAUAAUUCACAUCCAAAGCCCUACCCUGGAGAUAUUCUUGAAUUCCCUCGAAACAAGUAUUUCUCCCAGUUUGGAAUUUACUAUGGAGAAAGAGAUGGUGUCCCCUAUGUGGCACAUUUAACAUGCAGGGACUCUGAGACAAAGUUCCUCCUCUUUGGUCGGGCUUUGAAUGCCGCUGUAAAGCUGGAACCAGUUGAUGUAGUUGGGAAAAAAUACAAAGUGAAUAAUUACCUGGAUGAUAAGCACCCACCUCGAGACUUCUAUUCCCACAUCAAACCAGAGAUUGAAGAUGCCAUGACUAAAACUUUCACCUAUGAUAUCCUGUUCCACAACAGUGAACACCAGGCAACACUAUUACGUUAUGGAAUCAAAAAGUCAGAGCAAAUUGACAAAGCCUACACAAUGAUCGUUAAAACCUGGCGUGAACCAUUUGAGAAGAAGAAAUUUUGAUUCAAGAUCUCCAAAUCUCCACUUGGGGGCAGAAAAGAGACAUUCAAGAUUGCUCAGUUGAAGUACAGCAUGAAGUCAAAGUCCAAAAGUUAAAGUGAUUCAUUCUGUGUUGUGAGUUUGGAGAAAUCGUCCAUGUUGUAGUGCUGGAGAAGAGUGAAGACUCUGGCAUUGUGAAAAUGAAUGUCAGCUUUCAUAAAAUGUCUAAAAGGGAAAAACAGUACUUUAGAUUUCAUAUUUUUGUUUUUACUUGGAAUAGUAUUUCUAUCCUAAGCCACCAGGUUAAUUUCACUAUAUUGUUUUUCCAUCUUCUCAAUGUAACAUUUCCCUUGCUCCAAACUCUCUUCACAGAAAGCUGUCAUACACUGAGUUAUUGGUUUGACAUGGAAAAUAUUUUUAAAGAAAUAUUUCAGAUACGUUUCAUCAUUAACAAGACCAAAUUUUUUUCAGCCCUUCUCGUUUGACAUACCAGUUAUAACAGACAUUACACAAUUUGUACCCUCAAUACUGGAAACCUCCACUUCUUCUAUAAUCUGAAAUUUUCCAUAAUCUGAAAAGCCCUUGACAUAUUUUCUUUUUUAUGUCUUUAAAUGUUUUUAUGUCUUUGCAUAAGGUUCUUUACGCAAUUAUUUACAUAAGCUAUGUGUAUAUUAGAAUACAGUUUGUACUCCACAGCGCCACUAUAAUAUUCUUUUGGGAUGUAAUAUGUCUAAUGACUGUUUUUGCUUUGUUUUCUGCAAUUCAUAUUGGGCAGACAUUGUAAAUAUUUUAAUAUGAGCAAAAGUUGGAAUUGGAAUGUUAUAAUAAUGCAACAUUUGAAAUAUUCACAUUAUCAGCAGUAAGAGAGAUUUGCAGUAAGAGUUAGGGAAUUGGCAGUAAGAGAGAUUUGCAAAAUUGAUUAUGUCCUGAUUAAACUGUUGUUCAUGGCACAUAACUGAAUAA